CGCCGUGCGUGGACCCGCGAUCAAUUCAUAUUUUCUUUCUUUCUCCCCAAAAUAUAAUAAAUAUUUCUAUCCUCCUCUUUCGGAUAAGCCUCCUUCAACUUGCACCAUGUUUCUAAAUAUAUUUUAUUUAAUAACAUUCUUUUCUUUUUCCUUAGUUUUUUCUUCCAUGCUUCACACCACCCAAAACCCAACGAAAAUUCCACACAAUUCUCUUACCAUUUCUUAGCAUAUCCAACUCCAUCCAUGCCUUCUCCACCGAAACACCAAAACUUAACAAUAAUUUCAAUUUUUUGUCCUUAAUUAUUCAUCAUUACCUUGUAAUUUUGUCUUGCAGUGCAAAAGGGUUAUGUCUAUAAUAGCGUCAUAUUCACAUUUUGUAUACCAAAAACUUCACCACAGAGAUGAACACUAUAUUUCCUCUUUUGUAAGUGCCAAAGAUUCUCCGUUUUGGCGUAAGAGUUGUUUUGGGAACAUAUUGAUUGAAAACAGAAACAGAGAAGAGAGGAAGAUUAGAAGAAGAAAUUUUCGUGUGGAAUCUAUGUGGCCAGAUUUGUCAAGACCAAGUACGGUUGAAAUGGAAGUUCUUAAUGAUUCUGAACAGCUUGAUCAAAUUCUAGUUCAUGCUCAACAAAACUCUGAGCCUGUUAUUAUUGAUUGGAUGGCUGCUUGGUGCAGAAAGUGCAUAUAUUUGAAGCCAAAGUUGGAAAAAUUAGCAGCUGAAUUUGACACCAAAACUAAAUUUUACUAUGUGGAUGUUAAUAAAGUACCUCAGUCUCUAGUCAAGCGUGGCAACAUUUCUAAAAUGCCAACAAUUCAGCUUUGGAAAGAUGGAGAAAUGAAAGCAGAAGUGAUUGGAGGUCAUAAGGCAUGGCUAGUUAUUGAAGAAGUCAGAGAAAUGAUUCAAAAGUAUAUAUAAUGUCGUCUUUUCUUUUUCUUGAUACUGAUCUUUUCCUCUCCUAAAUACCAAAAAUCAAAUCUUGUAAUAUUUUUAUUGUGUGUAAUUGUGUAUCAUAUAUAAAACAAAAGGCUUACUUUCA